UAAGCCUUUCCCCAAGCCAAUCGCUGACAACCACCCGCAGCAACGGUCCCGCCCUUCUGUAGGCGCUAUUUUCCCGGCCGUCGGAGGAGAAUUCAUAUCUGCAGCUUUGCUCCGUUGACAUAUUUCCAGCCGCUGCGUGUGUGAAGGCGUCCCGAGCCGCUCACAGCAUGCUCCUCAUGUGGAUGUGAGGCGGCGGCGGGGAACAUUCGAGGCAGGAGGCGAAGUGAAAUGCAUCCCCGGAGCCGCUGAACCUGUUCCCUCCCGCACACAAAAGCCUGUGGAAGCAGGCCGUGUUUCUUCCUCUCCCAGCGCGCUGAUGAUGCUCAAACAUGUCGGGGAAUCAUUACAAAGGCCACGAAGUCAGCUGCUGCAUCAAAUACUUCAUUUUCGGAUUCAACAUCCUGUUCUGGCUGCUGGGCAUGGCCUUGGUUGGAAUUGGACUGUGGGCAUGGAGUGAGAAGGGGGUCCUGUCCAACAUCUCGUCCAUCACGGACCUGGGGGGACUGGACCCGGUCUGGCUAUUCAUGGUGGUCGGGGGGGUCAUGUUCAUUCUGGGCUUCGCGGGAUGCAUCGGAGCACUCCGGGAAAACACGUUUCUGCUCAAGUUUUUCUCUGUGUUUCUGGGAAUCAUCUUUUUCUUGGAGCUGACGACGGGAGUCCUGGCGUUUGUCUUUAAGGACUGGAUCAAAGACCAGCUCAACCUGUUCAUCAACAACAACAUCCGGGCGUAUCGAGACGACAUCGAUCUGCAGAACCUCAUAGAUUUCACGCAGGAAUACUGGGAGUGCUGCGGGGCGUUUGGAGCAGACGACUGGAACCUGAACAUCUAUUUUAACUGCACUGAUGGGAAUCCCAGCCGGGAAAAGUGCGGCGUUCCCUUCUCCUGCUGCACCAAGGACCCAGCGGAGGACGUAAUAAACACUCAGUGCGGCUACGACAUCCGAGCUAAACCGGACUCGGAGCAGAAGGACUACAUCAACGUGAAAGGCUGCGUGCCGCAGUUUGAGAAGUGGCUACAGGACAACCUGACCUUGGUGGCCGGGAUCUUUAUCGGAGUCGCACUACUGCAGAUUUUUGGGAUUUGUUUGGCCCAAAACUUAGUGAGUGACAUCGAAGCUGUGCAGGCGAGCUGGGUGCCCCCACCCCUCUCCAUGCGCCGACUCCCACCACACUCCAGCAAGAAAGCAUCGGCUUACUACUCAUGAGACACACACACAUGCAUCUGCUGUAUGUGUGUUUGUAGCCGUUUCUUUACCUAAGGCUGAGGCAGCACGUCAGCUCUAACAGUUCCAGGUCUUUGGAUGCGUCUUCCGCGAGGGGAGCGUUCAGAGGGCUUCGCCGAUCACCUGCACCGUUGUGUUCACUGAACCAGCACCUUUUAUUAAGGCACUAAUAUGUGAAAUGCUCUGUAUAUAACACUAUGUGUGACUACUGUAAAAAGAUCAUUGUGGAAGAGGAUGGUUAAAACAUGCACUACAUGCGGAUCGUCACAGUGCUCCAAGUUUUGAUAGCUACGUGUAGAAAGUAGGAGUUUUGAUACAUCUUUUUGAUAUUAGAUCAGUAUUUUUCACCGUGGACAUAACGCUCCAUCGCUACACCCGUCAUGUAGGACUGUGAAAUAGUCAUGUACAAGAAACUGAGGAUGUGCUUGUUUUAAAGUUCAGUGCUUGCUUUAUGUACCUUUUUCACUGCUGGUGGUAUGAUGUCACGAAGGUAACAAAGUUACAGAUGGUAGGAUACCUGCACCGCUUCAGAGCCAUUUUUUUUUCUCUCAAAAUAACACUUUUAAGGACGUCUGCGUGUUUACAGCAAAUUCCAGGACUUCUUCAGCUGCACAGAUCUCAUUUAAUCAGUAACGGGAAUUAUAUUUUGAGCUUUGAAUUAGAGGAACAGGUUUCAUUUUUGGGUGAACUGCUCCUUUAAAUAGAGUUCGUGCUGCAAAAGCAACGGAUUUUGGAACGGUCCCCCAGAUAGCAACUCACCCAGCAUUAAAGAGGGAAGUACUACACAUGACUUUAGCUAUCAUAAUGAGUUACUACUCAACAAAUGGACUCCUGGGAGGGAUCACAGCUAAUGCAGAUCUGGAGUACACUGACUCCCAUUACUGAUGCGGACUAAACAGGACUGGGGAGCUCCACUGUGUGCUACAGACCAUAGCUGGCUGUCACUGAAAAUUCAAAUGUGAACUACGGCUUCUUUUGGGAAAGGAUGGCUUCGCGUGUGUUCAAGUCUAUCUCGAUGCAUUACAAUGAUAAUACUAUUACGUCCAUAUGCCCAAUCAGUUUUGGGUCCUCUUAACACUAGCUUUGAAAUGAUUCCUGUGCCAUAAAAUCCUCAGUCCUUGUUCUGUAUAAAAAUACUUUUGGAGAUUAAGUUAAUGUGAGGCUUCAACAAUCUGAUCUUUCUGAGUUGGGGUUAGGGUUAGUGAUGUAUAUCAGUGAUAUUGGUGUCUGGACAGAGUCUGGAGUAGACUGAAAAACAGCCAACCCGGCCACAGUCUGUUCACCCUGCUGCCGUCUGACAACAGAUACAUGAAGUACGUGUAUGUGAAGUUUUGUUAAUAGAGUUCCGUUAUACAGUCUUGUGUUGUAAUUAUGACACGUUCCUUCCAGAGAUUCCAGUAUCUCUGCCCUGCAGUCAGGUGUAAGUUUACUGCUGGGGUUUUUGUCACAGCGACUAAAACAAUUCUUACUGCGGAAGAUAAACAUGUGACACGGAUUGCCAUAUUAGUUUAAGUCAUACCUUCACAUACAUUUUUUAUACAGAGCAAGGACUAGAUCUUGGGCUGGCAUUGUGUCUCCUCACAUGCUGUCAAAACAAAUGCACCUAGUUCCCAGAUCAAGGUCUUUAUGACAGCAGGAAGUGGCGCUCGUACCAUUUUAGUCCACAGGGGCCGCCAGAAUCAGCAAAAAUGAAAGUUCCAUGUAGCUGCUUUAAUGUACAUGCGGCAUGUGCGUAAUAGAUGGGCUUGAGAAAUCUCAGUUUACCCUUUAGUGAAAAACAAGCUCUUUUAAAAAAUAAACAUGCAUAUGUUUCAGCAUCAAAACUCAGAACCCAAGUAUCAAAUCAGCGCUAUCACAGGUAGGAUAGGUCUGACGUCCCGUCACGUAGUAUCCCACGUGAGGAGGUCAUCGUCAGUCCCGAGAAUGAUGAAAGCUCCCCCCAAUUCUGCAGAUCUUUAUGAACAAUUUGUUUUAGGGGGAGAAAGGACCUUCAGGUAGAGGAGGUUGCAUUUUACUCGCUGGGUUUUGCAAACAUGAGCCAACAAGCAAGUCAUUCGCCCUGUGAGAAGGGUAUUUUUGAACAUUUCUGCCCUUGAAUGAAAAUCUGGCACAUGUAAACCACGAUUGUCCCUUACACUACCUGUACUUGUGUAUGUAGAUCUGGUCAGUAUACACAAUGUCGAAUCAACAGAAUCUUUAAAAAAUUCUGCCCAGAGAUGAAAUCUGGAAUUCCAAAAUAGUGUUGAAGAUUUUUUUUUUUUAUCAGUAUUUCUUUUGAUGGUUCAAGGUGAUUAUCUGCUGAAAGCAUGCAUCACUUGUUUUGUUUGUAUUGACAGUAUUUUAUUGGUACAGUUUGGACAGACUGAUGCUGUGAGAUGCAUUCUCAAAAGUUCAAGGCUACUGAAAAAGGGAUCACUGUUUUUGAUACUAAAUAUUUAUUGUCCAUUUAAUUUGGUUUUCUGACUCUGCCCCGGCGUGUUGGACAGCAAACAUUCAGCACUGCUAAACCUGAUCGCUCUACAGACAGAGCCGAUGUGUCAGGUGUAGGAGGCUGUCAAACGCUCCAAUGAGCUGUUCUAUGGUCCUGCUGUAUAGACGUGUCACUCAUCACCACCUUUACCACUUCCAAGGAUUGUGUAGAUGGUCACAUUAUAUCCCACAAACAUUGUAAUGUAACUACCUCCUAAUUUCCUCAUUUCAUGUCCUGUUCAAAUUGGACUGAUUUUAAUAUUGAGUCAAAUUAAUUAAUAAAGGUUACAAAAAACAUGGA